CCGGCGGGGGAGACGGUUAUAACAUAGGUAAUUUCACCUUGGCUCAGCAAUGGCCUUCAGUAAGGGAUAUCGUAUUUACCACAAGCUGGAUCCACCCCCCUACAGUGUUAUAGUGGAAACUCGGACCAGAGAUGAAUGCCUCAUGUUUGAGUCGGGAGCUGUUGCUGUUUUGUCGGCAGCAGAGAAGGAAGCCAUUAAAAACACCUACAACAAGAUUUUUGAUGCCUAUGGAAUUUUAGGUGUGCUCCGCUUAAACUUGGGUGACUCUAUGCUCCACAGUCUGGUGGUUGUGACAGGAUGCAGCUCUGUGGGGAAAGUCCAGGAUUCUGAGGUUUUCAGGGUCACACAGACAGAUUUUAUAUCUCUGAAGAAUGAUCCAGGAGAUGAGGACCGCAUUGCUGAGGUGCGAAAAAUCCUUAACUCAGGACAUUUCUACUUUGCUUGGUCUUCCACUGGAGUCAGCAUGGACCUGAGUCUUAAUGCACAUCGCAGGAUCCUAGGGGAUACUACAGACAACCGCUUCUUUUGGAAUCAGUCUCUGCACCUGCACCUGAAACACUAUGGCGUAAGCUGUGAUGACUGGCUGCUGAGGCUGAUGUGUGGCGGUGUGGAGAUCAGGACCAUAUAUGCAGGGCACAAACAGGCCAAGGCUUGCAUAUUUUCCCGCCUCAGCUCAGAGCGAGCAGGCACGAGAUUCAAUGUCCGUGGAACAAAUGAUGAUGGACAGGUGGCUAACUUUGUGGAGACUGAACAGGUUAUUUUCCUGGAUGAUAAAGUGUCGUCAUUCAUACAGAUCCGAGGGUCAAUUCCUCUUUUCUGGGAACAGCCAGGAAUUCAGGUUGGCUCUCAUCGUGUCAAACUCUCCAGGGGAUUUGAGGCAAAUGCGCCAGCAUUUGAAAGACACUUUGCUGCUCUACGAAGGCUGUAUGGUAACCAAGUAAUCAUCAAUUUACUCGGGAGUAAGGAAGGGGAACACAUGCUCAGCAAAGCUUUUCAGAGUCACCUAAAAGCAUCAGAACACGCAGGAGCUGUGAAAAUGGUCACAUUUGACUAUCAUCAAAAUGUGAAGGGGGGCAAGGCAGACAAACUCCAUAGUGUACUCAAACCACAGCUCAGCAAAUUUAUUGAUGAGUGCGGGUUCUUUUACUAUACAGCAGAGACUGGUAUUACAAGGACUCAGAGUGGGACCAUCAGGUCCAACUGCCUGGACUGUCUAGACAGAACCAACAGUGUUCAAGCUUUUUUUGCACUUGAGUUACUGCCAAAGCAGCUGGAAGAAAUGGGUCUGACAGAGAAACCCCAGCUGGUGGCCAGAUUCCAAGAGGUUUUCAGGACCAUGUGGUCUCUUAACGGAGACUCUAUCAGUAAGAUCUACGCAGGCACUGGUGCCCUGGAUGGCAAGGCCAAGGCGGGAAAGCUAAAAGAUGGUGCUCGUUCAGUGACAAGGACUAUCCAGAACAACUUCUUUGACACUUCCAAGCAGGAAGCCAUAGACAUCCUGAGGCUCGGCUCCACACUCAACAGUGACCUAGCAGACAAAGCUCGGGCCUUGCUAACUACUUCUAGUCUUUAUGUCACUGAGACCGUCUUGCAAUCAGCCUCUCCUAGAGUAUUACUUGGAAUGUGUCAGAACUACCACAAAUAUACUCGGCCCAAGAAAAUCCGGGUGUGUGUGGGCACUUGGAAUGUCAAUGGGGGUAAACAGUUCCGCAGCAUCGCCUUCCGCAACCAAACACUCAACGAUUGGUUGUUGGAUGCUCCACAGAAGGCAGGGCAUCCUGAGUUCCAGGACAAUAAAAGCAACCCAAUUGAUAUCUUUGCCAUUGGUUUUGAAGAAAUGGUUGAACUGAAUGCUGGAAACAUUGUGAGUGCCAGCACUACCAACCAGAAACUGUGGGCAGCUGAGCUCCAAAAAAACAUCUCAAGGGACCAUAAGUAUGUACUGCUGGCAUCAGAGCAGCUGGUGGGAGUCUGUCUGUUUGUGUUCAUCCGCCCACAGCAUGCACCCUUCAUCAGGGAUGUUGCUGUAGAUACAGUAAAAACCGGUAUGGGUGGCGCUACAGGAAAUAAAGGCGGUGUGGCAAUCCGCCUGCUGUUCCACACCACCAGCAUCUGCUUCCUCUGUUCUCACUUUGCUGCAGGCCAGUCACAGGUUAAGGAGAGGAAUGAUGACUACAGUGAGAUUACUCGCAGGCUCAGUUUUCCUAUGGGGCGCCUCCUGUAUUCACACGACUAUGUAUUCUGGUGUGGAGAUUUCAACUACCGUAUCAACUUGCCCAAUGAGGAAGUAAAAGAGCUGAUUAAACAACAAAAUUGGGAUGCCCUUACAGCUGGAGACCAGUUGUUGGAACAGAAGAAUUCUGGUUUGGUCUUCAGAGGUUUCAUCGAAGGGAAUUUAGAUUUUGCCCCAACCUACAAGUAUGACCUCUUCUCAGAUGAUUACGACACAAGUGAGAAGUGUCGCACACCAGCCUGGACUGACCGCAUACUGUGGAAGAGAAGAAAGUGGAACUUUGACAAAACUGCUGAGGAGAUGAAUGUUGUUGGAGCCACUUCUGCAUCUGGAGGGAAGGGGGAGUCACCAGAACUGCCCUGGACUCCUGGGACUCUGAAGUACUAUGGCAGGGCUGAACUUAAGACUUCAGACCACAGGCCUGUAGUAUCAAUAAUGGAUGUUGAUAUCCUGGAGGUCGACCCAGAGGAUCGACACCAAGUCUACAAAGAUGUGAUUAGCUUGCAGGGACCUCCUGAUGGCACCAUCCUGGUUUCACUUUGCACAUCUGGACCCAAUGACUACUUUGACGAUGCACUCAUAGAUGAACUGCUGGAUAAGUUUGCUGAGUUUGGCGAGGUCAUCCUAAUCAGGUUUGUUGAGGAGAAGAUGUGGGUGACUUUCCUCGAGGGUUACUCUGCUCUGGCUGCCCUGUCUCUCAGUGCUUCAACUGUCCUUGGUAAGGUGAUUGACAUUCGCCUGAAGAACCCAGGUUGGAUAAAGAGCUUGGAGGAAGAAAUGAGCGUGGAGAGAAUCUGUGGAAGCAUCCCCACAUCAACCAGUUCCACGCUGCUUGCUGAAGAUACUGACAUGGGUGAUGAUGAUUACGAUAUGGAAGGUGAUGUGGAUGAGGAGGUAGAGGAAAUUCUGCCCCAGCACCUGCAGCCUGGGGCAGGUUCGGGUCUUGGAUCCUCUCCCUUCCCUUCCCCCCGCAGUAGUCCCUGUCCUUCCCCAACCCAUGGGGAACCUGCAGCCCCCAGCAGGCCCAGCCGUGCUCCACAAACAUCCCAACCACCUCAAGGGCCUCCUGUUGACUUCCAGCCUGGUGCUCCCACAGCUCAAGGCCUGGAACCCAAACGCCCACCUCCCCCUCGUCCUAAUGCUCCCCCAGCCAGACCUGCACCACCUCAGCGUCCACCCCCACCUUCAGGACCCAAAAGUCCCGCUCUACCUCGGCCAGAAGCAGCUGCAGGUCGAAGCCAGGCAUCAGCAGGAGGUCCCAAAGCUGGAAGUGUUUCAAGACCAAAUAUCCCUCCUCGAGCUGGGGUGAUCAGUAUCACACCUCAGUCUCGCCCACCACCUCCUUCUCACCCUGGAGCACCCAGACCUAUCCCAGAGGUGCAUCCUGGGGCACCUCGACCCAUCCCAGACACCCAUCCAGGAGCCCCACGGCCUGUACCCAGUGCUCAGAUUAAACCUGCUGAGCUGCCCCUGGAUGCGACUCCAAUAUGUCCUUCUCCCUCAGGUCCUCCACCAUCAUUACCACCUCCCACAGGUCCCCCACCUGUGAGACCCCAGGUUCCAUCACCCAUGCAACCCCAACCUGCCCCUGCUGUUCAGUCCCAGCUCCCUGCACCGAUACAGCCCACACUGCCAGCUCCUCUCCAGCCACAAUCUGCUGCACCUCCCAAAGCAGGGCCCCCUGCUGCUACCCCACCUGGACCCCUGCAGACUUUAGCCUCCCCUAAACCCCCACCACGUUCACGUUCUGCUCAAGCACUGGCUCAAGAUGCUGCCAAAUCUGAUACAGCAUCCACUCCACAGACAAAUGGACUGAAUGGAAUCCAAAGAGAAGCACAGUUGAAGCCUGACCCCUUCCACACACUCGCAUCUGACUUCAUCUCAUCUUCCUGGCACACCACCCAGUCGCUGACCAGAGGCUCCUCGCUGCACGAUCCUCCCUCCGUUCCUGCAGCUACACUUUCCCUCAGCACUCUCCCGACAUCCUUCUCUGUCCAUUCCCCCGCUCUUGCAGACUUGCAGCAAUUUGAUUCCGUAUCUUCAGUUUCCACCCAGGCACCUUUUGCUCCCUCAUUACUCCCUCCUCCUUCAAUCCCUGGACGUAGUCGCUCACAAGAGACACUGCGUGCCUCCCCAAACCCCAUUCUGGCCAACCCAGUGCCACCCAGACCAAGCAGCACCAAUCCCUUCACAGGCCCACAUGUACAGCAACAGCAUCGCUCACUCACCCCCGAUUUCAGCAUCCAGCGGCCAAGCCCGGCACUGACCCUUCACAGGACCACUUCUACUCUGACUCAGCCUCUCAUCCCCACUCCUGCUUCAAUCCCGGCCCCUGUCUCUGCACCCACCUCCAAGAUCCAGGGAACCAUAUCUCUGUUUGGACCAUCACCCGCUCCUAUGUUCCCUGAGGCCCUUGUUCCGUCUCCUGCCCUUGCACCCUGCCCCCAGCCUUCUGCCCCAGGCAGGAAACCAACCCAACAGUGGGUCACAUUUGAUGACGAUUUGGAUUUCCCUCUUUCAGCAAAGACACCACAGGCCCCAAUCUUCCCUUCCAAAAUCCCCAUGUCUCAAACUCAGUCUUCCCAACCUGGGUUUGUCUCAGAGCCUGACUGGUUGUCGUCAUCCUCUUCGGUGUUCCAAACUCUUCCUCCUCCUAUCCCAACAAGAACUGCAACCAGUAACUCGAAGGUUCCAGAGGCACCCAGUGACAGCUUCUUGUUCCAUACAGAGUCGACAGAGCGAUAGAAUGACCCUUGAUAUGGACAGGGCACAUCCAGAUAUUUAUAGAUUAUCGAUAAUGUGUAUAUGUGUGUAUGUACAAACAGGCAGCAUUUACAGUACACACUACCACCCUUCCAAAUCUUAGAGGAUUUAUAUCUCAAUCUACUGAGAGGUAACAUGAAAACUGUUUUAACUUUACGAUGGACCUGUUUGCUUGUUCCCUAAAAUUACAAUUAUUUUAUUAUGGAUAGUUUUGAUGUUUAUUUAUGAUAGCAAACACAUGCCUGUGUCUUUGGUAUAUGGUUAUAUAAGGUAUAUGUAGACACACACAAAUCCAUGUGUGUGUGUGAUCUCUUGUGCAAUAUGAAACCAUGUGUGGCCACGUAGCACACUACAUGCGCCCGCAGGUUUUCACUUUGACACUCAAUUCAUUCAUGGACAGAUAAGCAGUAUGUCAUUCUUGGACAGCAACAGCUGCUACUUUUCAGGACGCAUUCCGAUAUUGUAGAAGGUUUUGCAGGUGUUACAUGCACCCCCAAAAUAUCUGCUGUGAUGAGAGGUGAUUUAAUUUGCAUAGUGUAGAGGUUAAAUUUUUUAAAAUCUUAUUUUACUUUUCAUGUGCGAGUCACUGAUCAUAACUCACAUUUUUGCACUUGCUUUUUU